AUGGUUAGACGCGAUUCUGGAUACUUUGAAGUUGAUUACACAAAAAAUGAAGAAUUAGAUUUCUUUGUUUUAUCCUUAGAAAAUAUUUUAAAAUCAAUUCCUCAUGAAAAUCAAAAAAUACCAUCAUAUCACAUUAGAACAAACUUUUACACCAUUAAGAAAAAUUCAUGUUCAUUUGAGAUUACCUCAGAUAAAAAAAAAUUUACAAAUUUUAACAAAAGAUUUGAAAAAUUCCGUAAAAGCGAAAAUGGUAAAUUAUCCUUGGAGCAUUACUUAAGACCCGUGCCAUUUGAAAAACGGAUCGUUCCAUAUUUUGGACGAAAAUCAAUUUUUACUCCAAUUCAAAAACAAAAUUCUUGUUCAUUCUUUAUAGAUUUUAAUUUAAUAUCUUCUUAA